AUGCGUUUGCCGAAGUAUCUACCAGAGCUGCCAUUUUUUCUUCUAAUGUUGGUGAGAUGCUGCAAAGGAAACUGUAACUUCAGCAAAGGCUAUGUCUGCGAGUUGGCUACAAUUGACUUCGGAAACGAUGGUUUCUAUAAGCUCCGGGCGGCUGUAAACAGUAUAAAACCAUCACAGGUGGUUAGAAUCCGGCGUCUUCUUGUACCGAAUUUGAUUUCUGGGCCGUUCUUGCUACGUUUGGCACUCUUAGCAAAGAGUAUUAUCUACGAUGUGUACCGCGAUAGCGUAUUUCUUUUUCCUGCGAACGUAGACAUUACGGAACUUACGCUGAGAAACGCUUCUUCCUUAAAGUCGUUCAUCAUCGGUGGUGAAUGUCGGCUAAGACUACUUGUCAUUGAACAGUCCUCCCUCGAUCAUAUCCCACAGAUGGUGGACAAAGUGCGUGGCCUCAGAAUCAUCUGGUUAACAUACAGUCUACUCACCGAGCUUAAGUUGGAUGCGUUCUUAAAUGCUUCCGAACUGAUGCUCGUGAACGUUGCCUUCAAUCAAAUUACCCGACUUACUCUCAGUAACACUCGUGGCAACAGCUCGCUCGUAGAGUUAAACCUGGAAGGGAAUCGGCUGGAGAUCCUGGACAUGAGCCUGUUCGUACCGUUCGUGCGACUCGAUCGCCUCACGCUGACGGGCAAUCGGUUGAAGCAGCUAGCAUCGACCAAAACCACCAACUUUCCUGCCUUGAAAGCACUCACUCUCGAGCGGAACAAUAUAACCGAUUUGUCCUGGAUCAACCAGCUCGUUCUGUCGCAGUUGAAAGUCCUCAUGCUCACUGAUAAUGCCAUAACGCAACUGCCAAUCACUUGGAACACGUUACCGAAACUGAUCACCCUCGGAUUGCAAGGAAACCGACUGAGGACACUGGACAUAAGCUGGUUUAGAUCGCUCAAAUCCGUGGAACAAAUCUAUCUGCUAAAGAACCAGCUAGAAACUGUUUAUUCGAGUGGGCCGGCCUUUCGGUGGCCAUCGUUGAAAUUACUCAACCUUUCCAACAAUCGUAUCUCAAAGCUGAAUCUCACCGGCUGUCAAAUGUCGAAUCUCUUCACGCUGGUCCUGCAUGACAACUUGCUCCAACGGAUUCCCCCGGGGAUCUUUCAGCAAAAUCCUGUCCUUUCCUUAGCCAUCAGAAACAAUCCCCUCAAAUGUUCCAGCUUAGAACAGUUUCGCGUUCAACUUGUCGCGCGGAAGCUUCGACCGGCAUUCGAACAGGCGAACUCGGGGAAAACAUGUUCCAACACUUUGCUUCGAAUUUCGGAAAUAAAUCAAACGAUAUGCUGUGAGGCAUAA